GAGAUUAAUUAUUCUUCGUAAAAUUAACCACACAUUCAAAGAAUUGUUUAUUCAAGGUCAGAAUUAUAAGCGCAGAGAUACGAUAGACGCAGUGAGAAAGCACAACGACGCUGCAAUGUGUACGAUUUUCAGUUGUCGCGGCGAUUUCGUACGUGCUGCAUGUUUUAUACGCUGUGCUUAAUGCAUAUGGCAUUUCUAAAGAAAAACAAUGAUCACUCAAGACAAAACGGAAACAAUAAACCAUAAACUUCAAUAUUCCUCUUCAUUAACUGUCAACUGCACUCGAUUAUCGAAUAUCAUAGACAUUUUUGCAUUGAUAGGUCACUGACGUUUCUUAUAAACUGGUGAAAGUGUCGCUUCGCGUUGCAUAAAACGGUCAACAUAUAAAAUAACUGAAAGUGUAAAAAAUAAUCGCAAAUAAAUAUGAAAGAUUUGUGAACUACGAAGCAUCGUGACAAUUGCAUAGUAUAUUUAUAUAUGAUAAUGAUGUGUUGGAAUGUUCCGACUAUUUCAUUUUUCGAGACGAAGCAUCAAUGCCGCGAAUUGACAGUCGUGUAGAAUUUUGAACAUGUCAAAGCAAGUGUUCGUUCGAAUAUUUUAUUAAGCAUCGCUGAUGAAAAAAUUCUUCUGGAUGCGUUUUGUCUGAGGCGAGUUUUGGAAACAUAUCGAAAUGGGAACGUACUGCGACGAUGCUGCUGUCGAUUCGUCGGCGAGAAUGAUCGAUGAAGGAUGCACAAUACAAUUGAGGGACAAUGAAAAUUAUUUGAAUCCUGAAGUACGACCGGUUUCGAAGAUGCUCGUUGAGUUCGAUGAUCUGUCGUAUUCGGUCUGCUACAGUAAAGGAAAUUCGAAGAAGAUUCUGGAGGACGUGACAGGAUGUUUUCGUCCACAAAGACUGACCGUAAUUGUUGGUCCUUCCGGUGCUGGCAAAACCACAUUACUUCGUAUUGUAUCUACCUUGAAAUCAAACAACAUCAAGGGCUCGAUUACCGUCAACGGCACAGAAUGGAAUGGCAGAGCAUUUCGAAAACAAACUUGCUUUCUGCCGCAAGAGUUCGCUUUGUCGCCCUUACUUACCACUAGAGAAACACUCUACAUUGCCGCGCGUUUGAAAAUGCGCGGCAUUUACGAACGGCGCGCUUUUUAUCUAAUCGUGACCGAAAUAGCAGAGAGUUUGGGCUUAACAAACUGUUUGGAUACGAUGGUGGAAAAUUUGAGCGGUGGAGAACGAAAGAGACUAGCUAUUGGAAUAGAAAUAAUUACAAGACCAUGUCUUUUAUUAUUAGAUGAACCAACCAGUGGACUUGAUAGCACGUCUUCGUACCAGGUAAUCUGUUUGCUGCACAAAAUUGCGAGAGGAGGUUGCACAGUGGCUUGCGCGAUUCAUCAACCGAGUAGUCGAAUGAUAUCGCAAUUUGACGACUUACUGGUUAUGCAUGAAGGAAAAUCUUAUUACUACGGUGCUUGGGAGGAUGUUCUGAGUACCUUCAACGAUGCGAAUUAUGCGUGUCCACAAUUUUAUAAUAUAUGUGAAUUCGUUCUGGAGGUGGUGACCAGAGAAAGAGGCGGGGAUUUGAAUCAUUUGUACAAAAUUAAUCGUGAAAAAUAUUUGAAAUGGAAAACACAUUUCGAGCAUCCUACCAUGGGUGCGGAUGUGAUCGUUUCGAAGCUAGACAAUUUGGGCAAUAAACCAGCCCGAUCACGUCUCUGGCAGGAACAGAAGAUCCUGUUUUUGAAGGCAAUGAUUUGCAUCAAACGAGAUAACACUUUGACAAAGUUGAGAUUCGCAGCUCAUGUGGUAGUAGCUUUCCUACUAGGCAUCGUGUUUUAUAAUUCCGGAAUUAGCGCUAGUAGAGUUAACAGCAACAUAGCUUGUAUAUUUUUUAUUUUGCUGUUUUUAUACUUUUCUAAUUCUAUGCCGGCUGUGCAAGUAUUUCCUAUAGAAGCUGCUGUUUUCGUACGGGAAUAUUUGAAUAAUUGGUAUCACUUAAGGUCUUAUUAUUCCGUAAAAAUCAUAUCAGAUUUACCGUUGCAAAUUCUUUCUCCCUCGAUAUUCAUUGCUAUUACAUACUAUCUGACUGGCCAACCAAUGGAAUGCUUCAGGUUCUUCCGUACUUGGUUGAUUUGUGUGUUAACAACAAUCCUUGGACAAUCAUCUGGCAUGCUCGUCGGCGUUACGUUCAGCACAGACAUGGGAGUAUUUUUAAUUCCUGCAGUCAACAUGCCAAUGAUACUUUUCGCCGGAUUUUUCUUAAAAUUUAGCGAGGUGACAUUUUACCUUCAACCUUUAUGUGCCAUAAGUUUCUUCAGAUAUGCAUUUGAAGGCAUUUUACAAUCAAUCUAUGAUGGAAACAGAGAAAAAUUACAGUGUGAUGAAAUUUAUUGUCAGUUACGUUCUCCCAAAAAGAUUUUGGAAGUAAUGGAUAUGCCAACAAUGUCUUAUUACAUGACAGUGCUAGGUUUAUGUAUUUGGAUAAUCUGUUUGCAGGUUUGCACGUACCUGAUACUUAAAUGGAAAGUAUACAUAGCUAAAAGAUAAUGUACAAUUUCUUAUUUCCUUUAAAUAUGAUUGGCCUUUUUUAUGCGUGAAUGCUUAGAAAAUACUAGCCAACUUUUUUACUGUGAAACUUUGACAAUAUUAAUGUUACAUGUAUCUACCAUAUAUUGUAUAAUUAACAAAUAGUUCAUUGAGAUAUAAAAAGAGAUUUGGAAAUAAGGGAACAAUGUAAAUGUAAAAGUUUUGUUUUAUUUUAAACAAUACAUAUGAAUGUAUGCAAUCUUUGAGAGCUGGUAGAAAAAUAUUUACACGCGUUUUUUUGUUAUAAGUUACUCGACUACAGGUAUAGAGUUAUAAAUAAUAAUAAUCUAUUACAUAUUUUAAAUCUCGCUUUGUACACGAGCAUAUACAAUAUUAUAAAAAUAUUAACAAACUAUUUACGUUUUGAAUCUUACAAAUAAAUUUAAGUUCUUAUUUUUAAAUAUAGAGAACUUCUUCAAUUGUCAGUUUGGAGUCACAGUUGCAACUUGGCAGUGUUAGCAUCAGAUAAACAGAAAAUUUUUAAUAGACAUUUUUUUAGUUUCAAACGUUUAUAAUUCUAAUGUAAUAGUCGAUAGUGUCGGAUUUUGUUGAAAGUUUCACAAAUUCCAGUGGGGGCACUGUCAACUUGAAUUAUAAAUUAUCAGUGAAAAAUACUUUCACAGAACUGAGCAAUCUAUUCCGCGAUUUAAUAGACGCACGUGUUGCGAUAGACUUUAUCAGUUCUUAUAUAAAUUGAUAACGUGUAUCUUUUAUAAUAUAUGUAUCAACUUCACAUUAACAUUCAAAUAUUUUUUACUGAUUUCAUUGCUAAACUAAUUAUUAGAGGUGAUAAUGUAUUUCCGGCGACUGAAAAAAUACAGUAAAAUACUAUCAAAAGUUAAUUAGCAUUUAUAAUAAAGAGUUAUCCUAAGUUGCAUAAACAUAGUUUUAUAAACGUCCAUCAUGACACAUUGCCUUCAAGUUCAAACUGUUUCCAAAAGUACAAAAUUUUUGCAUUGUUCAAUACUAAGAAUGUAAGAACAUAGACAGUCUAUUAAUCUGACUGUAAUUAAAAUUAUUAUUGCUUAUUUGUGAAGAUAUUUUUCUAGAAACAGAUCGACGACAAAGUUGAUCAAGUUCUGAUUCUUCAGACUUUCGUUUCUUGAAUAAACUUACUGUGUUAAUCGACUGGUAAUGACUCCACAUUUCGUACGUCGUAUUUUGUAAGAUAAAUACAUGAGUGACGCGGAAAAAUGUCGAAACUUUGUAAAACUAAGUAACAACGUUCUUGGUCCCAUAAAUAUAAAUACGAUAAGAACGUAAUUAAAAAUUAAUAAAAAAAUUCUUACAUACAUACGUACUUGAUAACUAUGAACAGUAGAAUCUUUGUUUCGUAAGCUUAAGAUACAAAAAGAGACGUGUGCAUUGAUGAUUGACUUUUCUUGAGCAAUUCAUAAAUAUCACUUUGAAAGUUAUCAUUCAGGAGUAAUGUCAGUUCGAUUUCAUCGAACGUUCCCUUUCAUUUAACCUUCUACAGCCAAUCUAUUAAUUUUAUAAAAAAAUUCAACCGUAAAAGGUUAACUCAAACAUCCAAGAUCCUCUACAACAUAUUAAUUAUCAAAGAAAAAAUUAAAUCACGCUACAUAUUUAACGUAGAUCUAUUCUUUCUGUAAUCUUGGAUAUAUGUGUUUAUACAUAUUCACAUUUUCAUUCUUCAGUCAGUACUACACAUAGAAAUAAGUUCCUAUAUUUUGUCUAAUUCUAUUUCAGUUUUAUACCCUGUA